AUGGCUCGGAAACGCAAAGGAAAUGGUGACGCCGCAGAGAACCCCGACUGGCGCCAAGAGGACCUCGCUUACGUUGCCUGGAUGAACGCCGAGAUAGCUGUUGGUCGACCAUCGACGAAGCCACUACACAAUGUGCAGUCACACGCUAGGAAUGCCGCGCACUCUCAUACCACGCAUCGCCCCAAUCGCGGGCCUGUUUCUAAUGGUUAUGAUUCGGACGAAACUUACCCCGAGAAGGACACGGACGAUGAGGAGGACGAAGCCGCGUCAGACGGAGACGAUCCCGUCGCAGCGUGGCAUGGAGCUGUGGAGUAUAGCGGCCCGGUCGAAGGCCCUUCUUCAACGACAACUGCACGGGCAACCGCAAACCCGCUCGGCAAGGAUAAGCGCCCCGGCAAGGCUCCUACUCCGUCUAAAGCGCGUGGCGGAAAGACAUUUAGUCCGCAGAAGGGAGCGCGGCCGGAAUGGUCGCCCAAGGAGUCAACCAUUCUUGUUGCCGCAAGGUGGUUUACUAAAGACGAGCUCCAGCAAAUGACGGGGAAGCAAGGGUCGCAGUACUGGCUGCAGCUCAUCGAACAUAUCAAGCUCCAACACCCCGACUGGAGUCAUAAUGAAGCCGCAUGCACAAACCAGUGGAAGAGGCUCAAGGCCCUUUGGAAGCAGAUCGACAAGGGAGACAACGCGUCGGGUGGGGGGACGGUGAUCAAGCCGCCGUGGUGGGAAUGGAUGGUGUUAUAUUACAAGGACACCGCGGCGGCAGAACCACACGCGCUCGACGGUGGUGGUGCAGACGACGUUACCGUUGACCCUGCCGUGAAGAUAACGACGCCCAACAAGGCAGAUGCGACUGCAACAGCGAUGCGUGGCACUCCGCCAAGCGCUCGCCGCAGGAUUAACGAGACGGCGACUAUGGCGGCCGCCCAACUCCUCUCCUCCACGCUAAAGGAGUGCUCCGAAGCCGGCGUCGCUCAAAUCACUGGAGUGAUUAGGGAAUGGAUGGCGACGCAGCAGUCGCAAACCAGCCGCGUCUUGCACUACUCUGCCGCCCGCCGCGUUGAUGACGACGACUGGCCGCACGACACCGCAGGACCCGGUGGCUCCACCUUCAGUGAUGGCGUGGAAGAGUGGCGUCGCGGCGACACCUCUUAA